AUGAAUCACCUGUCCACUACAGUGGACACCCAGCAGAAGUGCAUUGCCAUCUUUGCUCUUCUUUGCUGCUUUGCUGUGCUGGCGGUGCUAAUCUUCUCAUCGGUGGACAUUUGGGGGGACGAUGAGGACGGGAUCACAGAGGAAAACUGCAGCCGUGACUGCCAAAUCGUGCUUGUGGAGAAUAUUCCAGACGACCUUUCUCUCCCCUUGGAUGGCAGACCCCACCUCCCUCUCUCUCUUGUCUUUAAUACUUUGUUGGACCAGGCGAAGCACUCAGUUGAGGUGGUGUCUCCGGUCUGGGCCUUAAACCCCUGGGACCUGGAAACAACGCCAAGCAAUGCCAAACAGGGUCAGCUGUUGUUCCAGAGACUGCUCAGCCUGAAAUCUCGUGGGGUAAAACUGAAGAUUGCCAGCAGUCUGACUAACUCUGCUGAACUGAAGACCUUGGCAGCACACAAUGCAGAGAUUCAUUUUGUGAACAUGACAGCUUUUACCAGAGGAGGACUCCAUUCCUCAUUCUGGGUAGUGGAUCGGAAGCACAUUUACAUCGGGAGCGCCGAUAUGGAUUGGAGGUCACUCUCCAAGAGGAAAGAACUGGGGGUGGUGGUGUAUAACUGCAGCUGUCUGGCUCUGGACCUCCACCGAGUCUUUUCCUUUUACUGGCAGCUUCAUGAGAGGGACUACAUCCCCUCCAUCUGGUCGAAGAGAGUUACAGCCAUCUACGGGAGGCAUGACGCCCUGGAGCUACAACUCAACGCCACCGAGGCUGCUGCUUAUGUGUCUACCUCGCCUGAACUCUUCUGCGCUAGAGAUCGCACCAGAGAUGUAGAUGCCAUCCAUCAAGUCAUCCAAAAUGCAAAGACGUUUAUCUUCAUAUCUGUGACGGACUACCUCCCUCUCGUGAGCAGGAGUUUCAGAGGAACCUCAGUCACAAGGUACUGGUCAGCUAUUGAUGAGGUCAUCAGAGAAGCCGUGGUACUAAGAGGAGUCAGAGUUCGUCUGCUGAUAAGCUUCUGGAAGAAGACUCAUCCUCUCACCUUUAACUUUGUCUCUUCCCUUAAGUCGCUAUGCAUGCAGAUGCCAAACUGUUCAAUAGAGGUGCGUUUUUUUAGCAACAAGGAGCAAGAGGAGGAUAUUCAACAUGGACUCAACCACAACAAAUACAUGGUGACAGACAAUGCUGUAUACAUUGGUAACCAUGACUGGGUUGGGAGUGACCUCGCCAUUAACACAGGAGUUGGGCUGGUUAUCAAGAUGAAAAAUAGUCUCGAAGACAGAGGAGCGACAAUCCUAGAACAACUCAAGGCUGCUUUUGAGAGAGACUGGAAGUCCCGGUAUGCUAAAAACCUACUAGGAAACAAAGACCAACAGGGCAAAUACAGAAACCUGAAACAAGGGAAAAUGCAUAUGGAGUCUAAGGAGGAAAACAAGUGGAACAACCCUUUAACUUUAUAAGCACAGAAUGUAUUUCUAUAAUCCUUAUAAGUCUAAUAAGGCUGAAUACUCUGAAAACGUAUACACAAUUAGAGAAAGUGAGUUGCACUCUUAGACUUGAUUUUAGUUUACAAUUAGGAAAAUACUGAGAGGCAACUAUAAAACUAAAUCUGAUAAUAAAUUGAUAAUAUUUGUUUUCUCUCCUUUGUUAAUGGCAUUUUAUCUGCAAAUUGUUUCUUGUAAUACUAAUUUUAGCCACAAGAGGCCAAUGUGCACCACUAGCCCAUGUUUCAAAUAUGUCUAAAAUAAUUGAUAGCAUUCAAUUUUAUCCAAAACAUAUGCACAAGGAAAAUAUAAUAUGUUUUGAUUUGCCUACACACAAUAUAUGUGCCUUGAGUUUAGAGUGCAAAGAGAAAAUAAUAAUCAUCAGGAAAAUAAUGUAUGCUUUUCCAGAUGAAGAGGAAACAAAACUUCACCUGAUCAACAUUUGUUUACCUGAAAAUAAAAUCUUCAUAUGAUGUUUUUGCCUCCUACCACAAACGAUAUUGAAAAGAAUACAUUUUGAAUUGAAAAAUGCACACUAGGUUUUUGUUUUUAUCAUACGCCUCUCAGGGUUUUCGUAGUCCCUAUGACAAUGUGGAGGUUAUAAUUAGACUCACUACUAGUUACAGAAAUAAUAAUAUCUACUUAAUCAAAAGUUGACUGUUAUAUGAGCAUGACAUGCUGCAUGGGUAUUGAAAGCAAUAUUUCAAAUUCAAAAUAUUUACUAGUACACACAAUAUGCUGAUUAUAACAUCAAUAUGCUCAAUGUUAAACAUAUUUACAAAUACAAAAACACAUCCAAUAAACCUCAUCAAAACAAAUCACAUUUAGUAUUUAAUGAUGAUUCAUUAUUUUUUGUCAACCAUUUUUAUUUGUUUUUUAUAAACUUUUUUAUAAUUGAAUGCUGUAUUACCAUCAAUUGUAGAAAAGGCAGUAUCUUGAAUGUAUAUGCAGUAGAUUUACAGCGGUGGCUAAAGCUGUUAAUCAUUUCAUUGAUUAUAAUCAUCUGACCUAA